ACAGUAAAACAUGGCUCGUGUUUGCAAUCAGAGUUGCAGGACGACACACGCCAAGCGCGGCAUGUCGUCGCGGUGGAUUGUCGGCGUCGGCGUCCCCGGCCACCCGCCCCAAACUGCUCUCGUCGCCGCCCAUCUCCCGGUGCCUCAUCAAUCCGAUCGAGUACGAGUAGCUCGCAGUCUCGACUAGCUGGCUCAUUGUUCCGGGCCAGCUGCUCUGCUCUUCUCUGCUCGUUCGUUCGGCGUCCGGUUCAAGGGAGAAGGAUCAACUGCCAUGUGAUUGUGGGAGUUAAGCGGCGGCCGGACGCGGAUUUGCAAAUCGCAGCCUCCCUCCUUGAUGUUGAUCGUUCUCGCCGGCUGGUUUGCCCACCGCCCGGUGGUUCCAUUGAGUGUUUGUUUGAAAAUCAGUGGAUGCAUACGAGCUGUUCGACGAAAUGCGCAUGAGACAAGCCAAGUUGGCACUUGCUAUGUAAUGAUUCUACACCUAACCGAGGUCUUGCCGGUGCAAGGUAGAUGAGGACAAGUGGACAACCAUACUAGUAUAUUAUGGCUGAAAUGUUAUUGGAUGAUUAAGAUAAACGGACUGAAAGACUUCAACUGCAUCAGUGAUUGUCCUUUUCUGGAUAAUUUCAUGUUAAACGAAUCUGAUGCAAAUAUUACAAUAAAUUGAUUAGGUAGCCAUUCUGCAUUUGACUUUGGAGGAUUGGUUGGUAGGUUCUCUUCUUCCAGCUGCUGGGUUGACGAAUUGACUGUGUAGGCAGAAGGAGUGGCUUAGCUUGUGACUCUGUGAGCAACCAUCCAACAAGAGCUAGUUUGAUCUCACCUAAGCAAGAGAUUCCUCUUCUACCACCUCCCAGCAGGAGCAGGCUCGCCGCUGCUCGUCUACACCGAGGCAUGGUGACCAAUUCCUUUCUUGCCAGCCGGUUUUUCUUUCUCGCGAGCCUGAAUUGCAUAUGCUACAUUUUGGGCUCCUGGCUUGCGAAGAAUCCUUUUGUUGUUUAUCCCAGCAAGAGACCACCACUGGACCGCCGCCUUUGUCUCUACUCCUUCUCACAUUUUGCCGUUAAAUCGAAAGGUAUGGCGUUAUUCCUUUAAAAUUGAGUAUCAUAUCUUGGUUCCAUGCUCUUUAGUUUUGCUUAUGAAUUGUUUGAUGAAAUAUAGUCAAAAUAAAAAUUGUUUGAUGAAAUGCCCAAAUAAUCAUCUCUGCACUUUUUACAAUAUAUUUGCUCCUAGUUAAAGUCUAUGGCAUGUGGUUCCUGUAGCUGGUUGUCGUAAGAAGAAAGUGCUUCGAACUUGCAUGUCUGGAAUCUGACUAGAAUCAAGAAAAGGGGCAUCAUUGUUCAUAUAUUUUACUAGCAAGUGGAUGUAUGGAAAAAGAUAAUUACUGAAAGGGCCUUUACCUUGUAAUUCUGCAACAACACUUGUCCAUUUUUUAUUUCGUCACUAGUGGGAAUUUACAAUGAGGAAGGUGGGAAGAAAAAUGCGAACAAGGACGUGUUUGAUGACAAGAAAGGUGUGCUUGAUUGUGUGGCUGUGACAGGGACGGAUAGGUCCUAUGGCAAGUUUGACAAGAAACCAAUCAGCUGGUCUUCUACCUUCCAUGUAAUGAGGUAACCAUGAGGUGUGAGCAAGCAUCCAACAGGCUAGUUUGUGUGGCCAAGCUAAAUCUCACCUAGGCAGGAGAUUUUCCUUCUGGAGCACAGGAGUAUGGUCAAAGCCGCUCUUCUAUACAGUGAUGUCUCAGCAUUCACUGAUCAUGGCUUCAACCACUAAAUCCUAGACAGUGCUGCCGCCACGUCCUUGACUCCUUUCAUUAUCAAAGAGUAGAAAGACAAGAGCAUUGUGUAGACAAUUUGCACAGCACAAGGCCCACAAAACAUCAAGGCAGGCGCACUUGCAUCGAAGUCAGAGUCCAUUGGUUUGGCCACUAUGGGCACAAUUUUGGAUGCUCUCACUUCGAAAUUUUUGACAAAGCUGGGUCAGCUUAUCGAAGAUGAGGUUGUGAUGACACUAAGCGUGAAAAAGGAUAUCAAGAGGCUGAAGAAAAAUCUGGAAUACUUCAGCGCUGUUCGUGAGGACACAGAAGCUCUGGCCAUGGAAGAUAGACGGAUAGAGGCAUGGUGGAAGAGCAUGACUGAUGUUAUGUUUGAUGUUGAUGUCAUCAUAGAUCUUGUUAUGGUUCAUUCACAGAAGCUUCUGCUACCACCUAGAUCGGUAUGUUGCAACCAGUCUAUGGUUUCUUGUUUUGGAAAGCUUUCAUUUGAUCAUAAGGUGGCUAGAAGAACUAAGGACAUAAAUGAAAAGCUUGAUGAGAUUAAAACGAACACACAGAUGUUCAGCUUGGAUAGAACCAUUCGUCAACAGUUCCAGGUAACAACCGUGGAUAGAAAUCAGACAUCCCCUAUAGAUGAACUAGAGGUUGUUGGAAGAGAGAUCAAACAAUCUGUUGGUAACAUAGUACAAAUGAUUGUCAGUGGCUGCCAUGAGAAUAGUAGAAGUGUUCUGGGGAUUCAAGGAAUGGGAGGCAUUGGUAAGACAACGUUAGCCCAGAAGAUAUAUAAUGAGCAGAUGAUAAGAGAGAAAUUCCAAGUUCGUAUAUGGUUGUGCGUUUCGCAGAGCUACACAGAGACCGGGUUGAUAAAGCAGGCAAUACGAAUGGCUGGAGAAAAGUGUGAUCAACUAGAGACCAAGACCGAGCUUCUUCCACUUUUAGUGGACACUAUCAAAGGAAAGAGUGUUUUUCUUGUCCUGGAUGAUGUGUGGAAAUCUGAUGUCUGGAUUGAUCUUCUUCUAUCGCCUUUCAUGAGAGCCUUUAAUUUCCAUGUCCUUGUCACCACAAGAGACCUGGAUGUUUUGUCAGAAAUGCAUGCAAUAUAUACCCACCGAGUAAACAAAAUGAAUUACAAUGAUGGCUUAGAACUGCUUAUGAAGAAGUCCUUUCAGUCGUCCGAGCAAAUAAGUGAAUUCAAGAAUAUGGGGUAUGAAAUUGUAAAGAAAUGUGAUGGCCUUCCUCUUGCCAUAAAGGUCGUUGCAGGUGUCCUAUCUACCAAAAAAACAGUUGCCGAAUGGAAGAGCAUCCGAGAUAGCAAAUGGUCCAUUCAUGGACUCCCCAAAGAACUUGGAGGCCCACUGUAUUUAAGUUACAACAAUUUGCCCCCUCAACUCAAGCAGUGCUUUCUCUGGUGUGCUUUGUUGCCUCCUAAUUUUGGAAUCCACCGUGAUGCUGUAGCUUACUGGUGGGUUGCCGAAGGUUUUGUGAGGAAAGAGCAUGAGUUCUCAGUACAUGAAAUUGCUGAAGAGUAUUAUCUUGAGCUAGUUCGGAGGAAUCUUAUUCAACCAAUACCAAAGUAUGUAGACAAGGCUGUGUCAACAAUGCAUGAUCUAUUGAGGUCACUUGGACAAUAUCUGACAAAGGAUCACUCCCUAUUCAUGAAUGCGGAAAAUAAUAAUGCCAUGUCGAAUCUGCGCCGCAUAGGCAUCAGCCAUGCUGUAGAAAAAAUACCCGCUCUAGAAGAGCAUAAGUGUUUGAGGAGUCUCCUACUUUUUAAUAACAAGAACUUCAAGUUGAUUCACAAGGAAAUAUUCAGAAAGCUCGAGCAUAUCCGUAUUUUAGUUCUCAGCGGAACAAGCAUCCAAAACAUACCAGAGUCAUUGGGGAACUUGGUGCUAUUGAGAUUGCUAGAUCUGAGCUAUACUGAGAUUAACAAACUUCCAGAGUCCACAGGUAGCCUCAUCAGCCUUGAAUAUCUCUCUUUGCUUGGUUGCCAUCAUCUGGAUAGCCUGCCAGCUGGUCUCAUGAGACUGUCCAACAUAAGUUUUUUGCAAUUAGAACAGACUGCAGUUGAUCAUGUUCCAAAAGGGAUUGCAAAGUUUCAGCAGCUCUACAACCUAAGAGGAGUUUUCGAGAGUGGUACUGGAUUCAGAUUAGAUGAAUUGAGACGCCUCCCCAAUAUCCAACGUCUGUGGGUCGAGAAGCUAGAGUCAGCGGUACCAGGGACUGAACUUGUACUGAAGAACAGCCAUAAUCUUAGAGAACUGGGACUGCGCUGCACAGUGGCCAGUACACAAGAGAGAACUCGUUACCAGACUGAUGAGGUUGUGAGAAUUCAGCAAGUUUAUGAGAUGCUUAUUCCAUCACCAAGCCUUGUAUAUAUUUUUCUGGAAGGGUUCCUGGGUAUAAGGUUCCCAGAAUGGCUACUCUCAGAACCGGAGCUCAAUAUGCCAGGUUUGUGUCAUAUGCACCUCAAUGAGUGCGUAUCAUGUUCAGAGCUUCCACCAGCAGGUCAGAUGCCAGAAUUGCUAGUUCUUCAGAUUAAAGGUGCAGAUGAAGUUGUAACUAUUGGCACAGAACUCCUGGGCAAAGGUGUGAGAAGUGCAGCAGCUUUUUUCCCAAAACUCGAACUGCUUCACAUCAUUGGCAUGUGCAAUUUGGAAAAAUGGUCACUGAACAGAAAUAUGUGUGAUGACAUGGAGGACAACUCUCAACAGCUCUCUCUGAUGCCUUGCCUUAAGCGUGUUCUGCUUCUUGAUUGCCCCAAACUGAGAGCUCUGCCUCAAGACAUGUCCAUGAUUGUUAAUUUGAAGAGAAUCCACAUUGAAGGUGCUCACAAGCUUCAAGAAGUUGUCAAUCUUCCUGCCGUUCUGUGGCUCAAGGUGAAGAACAACGCAUGUUUGAGGAGGAUUUCUAACCUCUGUAAGUUGCAGCACCUGUUUGUACAGGACUGCCCAAUGCUGGAUCAGGCAGAGAACCUGUGCUCGCUGAAUAGGGUGUACAUGAUUGACUGCCCACAUGUCCAAGAGUUCAGGAAUUGUCUCGCGGAAGAAGAGCAAGGCAUCCUAGUCCAUGUUGCAGCAGAUGGACGUAAUAUCUUCCCGGAUGAAUCUCUCUGUAAUUAGAAAGGCUUACAAGAUCGGUUCGUAUUAAAGACAUGAUGGUUAGUUGUAAAUACUCAAAAUCUUGUGAAGCCUGGAAGUGCAAGGAGCUCUUUGAUCGGAGACAGGCAAUGGGAGGUCUCUGUUUGUCGAAUGCUGGAGUGCAGUGUUGUUGCCUUUUCUCUGUUUUACAUGGCCGCUCAAAACAUCAGAUUGGUUACAGAUAUGGCCUUUUGCAGGGAGCUGCUGCUCGGGGAUUCCUCAGAAUCCUUCAUCAUAUCUUCGAGCCUUGAAGUGCUAUGGAGCUCUUCGAUUGUAGGCGGACGAUAGGAGGCCCCUGUUUGUUGAGUUCUGGAGUAAAAUGUUGUUGCUUUUUCUCUGGAACAUUUGUUCUUUUAGUGUGUUCUUGUGGAGUUCAGGUGAGUAUUUCACCUGGGCUGCCUACAAAAACGACAUCAGAAGCUCAUUAGUUUUUGGAUUGAUUGAAUAAUGAUAAUGGUGUACCUAUAGUUGAUUUUCAAAUGGCUUUUGUACUAUCACUUUGAGGAACGUGACUAUAU